AUGGCUGUCCAGCGAGGGCCCCACAAACCAAGCAUACACACUCAACCAACCUCGAACGCCCUGGGGGAAUUCGACCGAUUCUGCGCGAGCCUCUGGACCUUGCUGAGCGACCGUGGAAUGACUUACCGUCUGGCGGUGAAACUAGUGGCCACAUGGAUGCGUCCAGUGACCCGGCGACGCUAUUAUAGGCAUCCACCACAAGCAACCAGAACGGCAGCCAGACCCUGCAAAUCCCGACGAGCCCAAAGGUGCAAAACACCACCAAGCAGCAGGAGAAAGCACACAGGUCCCCACACUCACGAGAACGAGACUACCAAAGCAGCCUCCCACAUAAGCUAUUCACCGGCGACGGGAACCGGCGUCCAGCAAAGCUCACCUCCAUGCCUCCAAGUCACAGCUGCAAACCGGGGAGCUGCAUGGCUGAACACCCCACUGAACACCACUGGAGCUGGACCCCGGCGUGCGGACGCCUUCAAGGAGACCAACGUUGACAGCAAGAGACACGUUCAUGCACUGGGCAUCGGAUGA